GUACGUGUGUGUGUGCGUGUGUGCGUGCGCUGAAUGGGUGCGAGCGUGACAGCGCCAGUCCAAACGGCAUUAGCACGGGACGGCACGAGAGCACCAUUUGUAUUACACCUUCGUCUUCUCCCCAAAAAUAUGCUUCUGUUUUCCUUCGCUGGACGGGUCGGCUUUGGUUCAAAAUAGUGAAAAAUUGUACGCGCAUAGGCCUGCCGGAACGGUUUCGCAAUGUGUCCGGGCGUGAGGCGGGGACAAUAGUGCACCGUUUUCGAACAUUUGCGAACCCCGUUGGGCCCCCUUGUGUGUGCAAGUGCAAAACGCGAACACGUCCUGUGUGAAUGUCGCCGUCUGUGUGUUGGUCUGUUUCGGUGGUCGGCUGGCUGGUGUGAAGCGAACCGAUGAACGCUUGCCAUUUUUGAUGCUUAGACCGCGCGACACAAAGCGGGGUGUUUGCCGUGUUGUGACAAUCUGUACGGCCGACGGUGUGGAAAAGCUACGAAAAUAUCGCCCACCGUGUUGCGGCCAGCAAUUUAGCACCAUGCAUGUAACGCAGUAACGCAGCGCGACGGCAUCUUUGUCGGCGUGAAUCUUUCUUCUUGAAAGCUCACCCCCGCUGCGCUCCUCCCCCCUCCCCUCAGGCUCGUCGUCGCCUUAGACUCCCCCUACCAUCAAACCGUGUAGUACAGUCGCGGAGGAGAAUGCCAGUGCGGGAGAAGACAGUGCGCGGUGGUGUAUGCAGUUUGUAGAGCGAGAGAGAGAGAGAGAGUGAGGGGAAAAAAGAAAAGAAAACAAUAAUAACAUUUCAUCAAACAAAAAUGGCCGGAGCACAGAUCACCUGCGAGAAUGAUCCGAACUUCGGCAUCAUCCUAUCGUUUAUGGAGCAGUUCGGUGCGUACCUGGACGUUGGCGAGCUGAACAUUGCCCAGCUAAAGUCGAUGCUGGAACAGAACAGUGAAGCGGUCCCGCAAGCGUUGGUCGAUCUGCAUAUCAAGCUGAUGCGAAAGAUAAACAAAAAAGUUCCGGCCGCCCGGUGGGAGCUCGCACUGGCCAAGUUUGCCCACUCGUACUCACACCAGGACGCAUGGGAAAUCGAGCGCUUCGGGUACAAGACGGCCAAUCUUGGCGUGAAGUUACGGGUGCUGAAGGCAUUGCUGGAAGGACAGUUCGAUCUAAACACCAAGUUCAAAACGCAAAUCAACACAACCACGGCCGGCGAUUUGCGAUUGGAUCCGCUGGGGCGAGACCGGCAAGGGAACUGCUACUGGUACUUCAUGGACGACAGUGCCAAUCUGCAGAUCUAUCAAUCCGAUCCCGAGAUGGAAACCUGGACAUUGGUUGCAAGCAAUCGGGACCAGUUUGUCAAUAUGAUCGAAAUGUUAAAAGACAAUCGACCGAUAGAGCCGCUGGUGCCAGUAAAUGCGGGUGAAGAGGAGGAAGACAGUGGCGGCAGUAUGAGCGAAUCGGAGGCACUGAAGCUCGAUGGUUCCAUCCCGGCCCCGACGGACAUACCGCCGAGUUUGAUAAUAUCACGUCGGACGUAUAAAACGCCCGAUCAGCUUGACGCAACGGCCACUGUGGAACAGGAGGAUGAGAAGGAGCCGUUGAAAGAAGAGACAACUUCCACUGUCGCCGACGAAGCAUCAGUACCGAAAGUGGAAGAUAACAGCGCACCGAACAAGCAGGAAGCAAGCGAAGAUCGCAAAGAAGAUAACGUUCCUGAGCCCACCACGGCGUCGGAGUUGAAGACUGAAUCUGUCGAAGAGAAGAAGGAUGCGGUGGCAGAGGAUGUAGCCGAAUCGAAGGCAGACGAAGCCAUGGAAUGUGAACCAGAAUCAAAAGCCGUUGAAGAUGAAGCUAAGAUGGAAGUGGACGAAGUAGUUCCAGCAGUUGUUGAGCAAACAGUGGAGCAAACUGGCAAAGAAAAGGAUACUGGAACUGCCGCCCCGAAAGAGGAACAGCAAGAAUCUGAAAAGGAACAGGCGACACCGGAAUCAAAGCAGUCGGAGACGGAUGUUGUUCCCGUCGCGGAAGAAACUCCGGUCAAAACGGAGGCAAACACGGAAGAAUCUCGCUCGGAAGCUGACGAGCAGGUGAAGGUGGACGAUGAAGGAAGCAGCACGCGUGUGGAAGAAACGGGUACGAGGGAGGAUAGCAAGCAGGAGGAGCAGGCCGUUAGUGAGGCAAUUGAAGAUCCCCCGGUGGUAGUGAAAGGCGAAGGCAGCGGGGCCGAAUGCGACAGUGCGUGUUGUGAGCCAAUGUUCAGUGAAGUCAUCGAGGAACCGGUGAUGUUUUUCUUUGGUGUGGGUGCCGGUGCCGAAAACGAUAUGGGCAAUACAAAGAAGCUCGAGGCAGCCACCGCACCGGAAUCGAAUGCCACCGCCAACGCCAAGGAAGGCCGUGAGGAGACGAACGAUUCCCGCACGAUAGGAUCUGCAAAGGCCGGCAAUGGUGAAACGAAGUCAGUCGUCGACGAGGAAGUGGACUUAUCGAGCAAGGUGUCACCAACCAAAGAAAAGGAAGAUAUGGCAGAGCAGCAGCAGCAGCAGCACGACAGCCAGAAAGGCGCACGGGAGGGCAAUGGGGCAGAGACAGAGGAAAGGGCGGAGGAUACAGUGCUGUCCAGCAAGCGAAGCCCAGCGGAGAAAUCUUCCCGUGCGAAGCGGAAUGACAAAUCGUCCGCUGCUGCAGCAACCGAUCCGCCGGUGGCGCUUGUGGAAAAGCCCGUCGAAAAGAGACGUGGUUCUAGGAAAAGCAAUACGCCUAAAAAGGCAUUCGAUUCGUCUGUGACGGCGUCGACGCAUCAGCUGAUGGAAACCGACGAGGAGGAUACGGGCAAGGUAAAGGUGGAGGCCGCAGUCGUUGAACAGGCGAGUGGAGCAGCAGGGGCAAAAAAUGGUGAUCACACCGUGGCUCCCUCUUCGGAGGAAAAACCUAAGAAGGAGCUGAAAAAAGAAUCGGACGUGCUGGACAGCAAAGAAACAGAGAAGCAAGUGUCGGCUACGGCGGGUUUGCAUGACAAAAAGGGAGCGAAAGCCAUCCCCAAAGACGUAGUUAAAACCGAGCCAUUGAAGGAAGAGGAUCAGAAGGAGCAGCAGGAAGCUAAGGAGGAUAAACAAGCGGUGGAGUCUACCGAUGCUUCAAAUCUUAAGCCAAGUAAGGAGGAGAAAACCGACGAAGCAAGUAAGGAAGCGACCGACGUGAAGGAAGAAAACGUUCAGCCGGAAGAUCCCGAUGCAACUGAGCCACAGGAUGGGGAAAGUCCUCCAAAACGCAAGCGUCGUCAUCGGAAUGGAUUGGUUGAUGGGCUCGACAUUUCGAUGGUGCUGGAUGCCGGCUCGGACGGGGGAAACAAUCCGCCGGUGCGCCAGUCGCGCCGCAUUGCGAUGCAGAAGAUAAAGGAGGAAACGAACCGGCGCGAAAUCGAGGACCAGAUGCUGAAGAAGAUGAAGGCGGACGCGGUGAAGAAGAAGAAGGAUCUGGGCAUGAAGCUUUCCGACGACGACUACCGGGCGGACCGCACCUCGCCCGACCACUCGUCCGACAGCAGCUCGGACGGCGGCGUCGGUGCCGAUGGGCGCCGGAGAAAGAAGAAGAAAAAGAAGAAAAAGGGCAGUCUGCAGCAGCAGCAGCAGGCGCAGCAGAAGGCGCAAUCGACCUGGAACAGUGCGUCCCCGUCGGAGAGCAGCUCGGAAACGGAGGCGGAAGAUUACUUCGCCGAGCCGUACCACUCGGAGGAGGACGUGCGGCGGGCGCACGUGCUAAAGUCGGACCACGAGUUUUCGCCCGAAUCGGAUCUGGAGACGGAGGCGCCGGCGCAGCCGCUGAAGCGCGCCCGAACGGCCCGCAAGGCGCGGCGCACGCGGGACGCGGCCGAGGAGGCGGAGGAAGAGGAGGACGACGACGACGAGGACGGGGGAGAGGAUCACGCGUGCCAGGAGUGCAAGAAGACGGACCAGCCGGAGUGGAUACUGCUGUGCGAUUCGUGUGAUAAGGGUUACCACUGUGCGUGCCUGAAGCCGGUGCUGUUCACCAUUCCCGAGGGCGACUGGUUCUGUCCGGUGUGUCUGCACCGGCAGCUGAUCGAGCGACUGCAGUCGAAGCUGGAGCUGUACGACGCGCUGCGCGCGAAGCUGGAGGCGGAAACGAAGCGACGCCUGGAGGAGGAAGCGUCCGCUCGUGAGGCCGAGCUGGCGGAGCAGGCACUGGCGAACGAGCGCGAGGAGCAGCUGAGAGCGCAGCGACGGGCCCGCCAGCAGCAGCGCCUGCUGGAGCGGGCCGAUGCGGAAGGGCGCCGGUCCGGGUCCGGCUCGGAGGAGGAAUCUUCGCGCGAUCGAAGGCGGCGCAGGCAGCGGCAUCGGGGCCGGCGGGCACCGAAGAAGCGGUCGUCCCGUUCCCGAUCCGGCGGGUCGAGCUCGAACGGGCUGGGCAGCAGUGGCGGUGGUAGUAGCAGUGACGGCAGUGGCAGCGGAAGCGACAGCAAGAGCAGCACCGACUCGGACGACAUCCCGAUCUACAAGCUGCGGCGUCGCGCAUCAGCCAAGGUGAGCUACAAGUUCAACGAGUACGACAGCUUGAUCGAUUCCGCCAUUCGGCGGGAGAUGCGCGGCUGCGAGAUCGUGGAGGAGGAUGAGGACGAAGACGACGGGCAUGGGUUCUCCAAGGGCAAGGACAUUAGCACGAUCAUAGAGGCCACUACGCGGGAGGAGCAGGCGCGGAAGAAAGCACUCCAGAAGGACGAUGAGGAGGAGGCCGAGGGCGAAGAGCGCCGCCUGAAUGGAACGCAAGAGCAGCAGGACGGCGAGCACGAGGGCAAGACUGCGCGCGCGGAAGGCAAGAGCGAGGAUGAGGAUGAGGGAGAGAAAGGCGCAGUGGGCCGGCAGGAGCGCAAAGCACCGACAGUGGCCAGCGGCCGAGCGGUGGUCAACUCCGCCGAGAAGAAGAACAAGAAGAAGAAGAAGAAACUGUGCAAGAUCGAGUUUAGCUCGGACGAUGAGGACGACGACUCGGACGAAGACUUCCGCGGGGAGGCGAGCGGUUCCGACGACGAGGAGGAGGAGGACGAUGACGAAGACGAGGAGGACGACAACUCGCUGUCGGGCGACAGCGAAAGCUCGCUGGAUACGGGCCGCGGGCGCAAAAAUCGGCUCCGGAAGCCGAGCAGCCGGGCGGCGGUGAACAAGCGUCGCCGGAUCGUCGAAAACUCGGACGACUCGGACGAGGUGGAGGAGGAGCUGCGACGUGCGAAGGCGAAAAAGUCGCGCAAAAACCGGGUGCUGGAUGACAGCGACGAGGAGCUAGAUUUGGACGACGACGACGAGGAGGACAGCGAAGACUACGACAGCGACGAUCUGUGCAGCGACACGGAGACGGAGAGCAGUCGCAGCAGCAAAAGCAGCAACAGCUCGAGCAGCAGCAGCGCACCCAGCACGGAAGGGGACUGGCGGCGCAAGAAGAAAUCCAAGUCGGGCGGCGGCGGCAAGUCGAGGCCGAAAGCGACCGCGGCCGCCGGCGGCGGCAAGCACAUCGAGCGGCCGAAGAAGGCGGAGGGCGUGCGGCCGAAAGCUGCCGCGAUCGAGUCGAGCGAAGACAGCGACGACAGUCGCGAGGAGGAUGAGGGUGGCAAGGGCGGCAAAACGAUGCCGGGUCGGAAGAAGCAGAGCAAAAAGGCGAGCGCACGCUCCAGUCCGGAUGGUGGGGGCCGGGCGGGCGAGAAGAAAACGGACCGCAAGACGCGCGGCAAAAAGAUUCACUACAUCGUGGACGAGGACUUUGAAAGCUCGGACGACGGCAUCCGGCCGGGCGUGCAGCGGCCCGAUACGCCGCCGGAGGAGCGGGAGCAGUUCAUCCGCCGGCAGGAGGAGAUCAAGCGCAUGCUGGCCGAGAACAAUGCGGCGAAGGCGAAGGAGCUAGCCACGUCCAAGAUCGACCAGCUGGUGGGCGGCCGGGCGAAGGAACCGUCGAAGGAUUCGCUCUCGGACGUGCCGAUGCAGGUGAUCGAGAGCGCCCGCAUACUGGACAUCGACUUCCUGAAGAGCACCAGCGGCAACACGGCCCGCAUCUCGACCGUCGACUCGGUGGUCGACUUUGACGACGAGCUGCCGGAAGACUUCGAUCCGGACGACGAGAUGGACGACGAAGCGCUGGCCAAGAUAAUGGAGGAGGAAGACUUUGCCCACCAUCAGCUGAAGCUGACGGCGGGCGGGGCAGCGGCCUCGCCCGGCGAUUUGCUACCGCCCGUGCCGCCGCCGCCGCCGCCAUCGUCCAAAAGCCGGCGCAAAUCGAUCGAUCCGGACGAGUUCCUGCUGCAGCAGCAGCGAGCGGCGGCGGCAGCAGCAGGACGUCCGCUGGAUGCGCGUAAAGAUCCGGCGCAUCCGGCGGCACACUUGCCUUUGCCGGUCAAUCUUGCUUCCUCGUCGGCGAUGCCGCCCCAUCCUCCUCAUCCCCACGCUUCGGUGCAGAGCAGCCCCAUCAAGGCCUUACUGAAAUCGACCACGGGCAUCCCGACGUCCACCAUCAUGCCGCCGAUCGGGUCCGCCCACGGUGGCAGCACGAUACUGGCCAAUGCGCUACAAACGUUGCCUCCGCCACCGCUGCUGAAGGACGCUCAUCCCGGCGGCCGGCCGGAAGUGCUAAUGCGCGGCGGACCACCACCUCCACAUUCGCUACCACCCUCCGGUGGCCCUCACUCACAUCACAAGCCGGAACAACUGGCGCACCUGAUGGCGGCGGGACUCGGUGGCGGUCUCCCGUUGUCGCUGGCUAAGGGUGUUCCGUUGCCACCGCACCACGCCGGGCACCGGUUGCCACCGGGUGGGUUAGCAUUGCCGCCCAGCAUGCUCGGACACGUUCCCCAUCCUUCUCACGGGGCGAACUUGGGCUUGCACGCGAAACCGGGAGCCGGUGGUCCGGGCGGAGUGAUUACUAACGCCAGCAUUGCAGCGGCCGUUGCUUCCGCCGCCAGUAUCGGUGCUUCCGGGCCACCCAGUAUGGCACAGACGCCUCCACCCGCGUCACCGACAGCCGCCGCCGGUCCAGUGCCGAGAAUGCCGGUCGGUGCAACGCCUCCAUCUGCGGCCACCAGUGCCGAGCGACGGCCGGGUCGACGAAAGAAAAUUACCCCCCUGCGGGAGGACCUGAAACGAAAGGGAGCGGCACCGGGAGCGGGUGGUGGGGCGGCCGAUCAACCGACGGCGGCCCAUCAGGAACAGCAUCAGCGGCCACCGCCCCAGCAUCCCUCGCUACAUCACGGGCAUAUGGCAAGAUUGCCACCAGCACCACUACCACCACCACCAACUUCGAUGGCUCCUUCAUCGACCGCCGGACCACCGGUAGGACUAAGGCCCUCAAUACCACCGGUUACCACCAGCCAUAGCUCAAUGCAUCAAAACGCCACGGCCAUUGCAACGGCUGCCGCGGCCGCGGCCGCAGCCGCUGCGGCACAGCAGCUGGCACUCAAAGUACAUUCCCGGCCGCCCGUGGAUGGCGGUGGCAGUACCGGCGCAGGCAUGCACGUGAACGAACCUCCGCUGUCCGUACCAUCGUCCGUAGCACACUUGUCGUAUUUCAGGUCAGAGAAUCCGCUCUUUGCGCAUCGUCUCGGGCCCUUGCCAAGCAGUAUUCUUUCUUCCGGCAGCAGCAGCCUGCAGCGGAUUGCGGCCAUCAGCGGGGCCGCUCCGCCGACAGUGUUUGGCGAUCCGGCCGCGUAUAACGGCGGCUGGAAACCGUCGCCGCCUGCCCCGGCGGGUACCAAGCCGAAAGCGUCCGGCGGUCCACCACCGCCGCCCGGCAUGAUGGUGGGUCCACCGUCCGUUGGUUCGUUGGAACAUUAUCAUGAAUACAACCCCGGCAACCAUCACUACAACCCGUACUACAACGUUCUGGAUCGGGCUGGCCAUCUGAGGCCGCCACCCACGAUCAGCGAACUGCACCGCACCAGCAAUCUGUCGCCCACCACGUUUACCACACUGCAGCCGCUCGAGUUUCCGCACGUACCGAAGGCGGCCAGCGAAAACCACCAUCACCAGCUGCAGCAUCAUCAUCACCAUCACAGCGCCACACCCUCGCCUUCGGCAGCCUCAUCGGCGGGAGGCGACGACGGUCCGAGCAGAGACCCGUCACAUGGUGCCGGGUCGGCCGGGCCACCACCACCGGCUCACGCAUCAUCGGCGUCCGCGAGCUCCUCGGUGGCGGAAAAUCACCCAACGCCGGUUGCCGCCGCAGCACCGUCUCCGCAAUCACCAGCGAGCGACUCGGCGGCGUCGGGAGCGGGAACGGCCGCCUCAUCGCUGGUGGCACCCUCCGCAAGCGCUAGCACACCCGCGGCCUCGUCGUCCAGCACGAGUACCAGCGUGUUUGGUGAGCUAGUGAGCUACUUCAGUUCGCAGCAGGAUGAUUUAGACUCGUAAUCUAUUUAAUUGACAGCAAACAAAAUAACGACAUAUUUGUGCGCGAUAAUGUAAUUUGUAAUCUGUCCCUCUCCUGCCUCUCGCCCACACUCCCUCAAAUCCACCCUUUCCCUUCCCACAUCCAAAAAGUAAUGCUUAACUUAUAGGUGCACUCCCCUGCCACACCGCCAAAAGAAGGCCACAUUUUAUUAGAAACCCUCUUUGUCUACUCCCUCUGCGCACUGCCCUGCCACAGAGGGUUGUCAUCCCGGUUUUUUACGUUCCAUUUAACGUAGCGUUUUAUUUUUUAAAAGAAUACCUUUUGGCCCAUGUUUAUAUACGGUGCGGUGCAGGGGAGAUUGCUAGAUGCAGAUAUAUUUGAUUGUAAUAAGAAAUAAAAGAUAUACUCACAAGAAGAUGCAGUGCAGAGAAGGAGGAGGAAGCUGGCCACAUUUAGCGGUGGGCACAUAGUUUGUCAAGCGAAAAUGCUAAUGAAUUAGAGGAAACAAUAAGUGUGCUUGUGUGUUGGGUUUUAUUUGAGGUGUUUUAUCGAACCUUUCAUUCGGGAUUGGUCGGAUUUAGGUUCUCCAGGUGCGAUGAACGAUGGUUUAUAUUGGUUUCUUCCACCUUCCUGUGCGUUGAUUUCAUCUUUUCUAACCAAAUUUGUAAACUAAUAUACACGGGACCGUUUUCCGAAUACAUAAUUGGAACGCAAGAACCGUCUUCCUUGGUAUGGGUUAGUUUUUCUCUUGGCUUUUUCUCCAUUUGGUAAAAUUUAAAAACACAUCUGUAAACUUACGAUACUUUUUGGACAGUGUGUUUGAAAAGCCUGCUCUGCGCUGCAUGCCCGAGUUGAAUCAUUUGAAAUGAACCGUCAAUUUGAAAAUCCAAAUCACCUUUGGUCGCAUUUCCAGGUCGCACAAUUUGACAGCUGCGGAUUCAAAUGAGAAUUGAUCGUAGUAAAACAGAAUAAUUAAAGAACCAAAUAUGUGCUUCGCUAUAUAAGCGACUUUGAAUUUUAUAUAAAACCCAACAAUUACUGCAAAUAAAGCUUAUAUGAGCAUAUAAGCACACAACGCAUAGAAUUGUUGCCGUCCAGGUUGUCAGAAUCACAACCAUUUGUUUUUGGAGCGCCCAACUUGUACCAACCGCUCCGUAAAACGGGCUGACGUUUGUCAUUGCUUUUGCUUCCAUUUUGCACCGGCAGAGCGCGCUGGCGUAUUUUUCCUGCACAGCGAGAAGUAAGGAAAAAAACUGGGUCUCUACGACACACAUCAUCUCUCUCGCACGGAUUUUCGUUUCGUGGUGUCGUCGAGCAAAUAAUCUUUGCCCGUCGCGGUCCGCAGCGUCACGGAAAAGUACCAGCCAAAGGGGCCAAGAACGCAGUAGCUGGCACAGCGACGAGCCGUCGGGCAGGCCGCAGACCAUAACACCUCGAAUCACGCACGGCCGAAACUACUCCCCCAGACACAUCGCAGAAGGGGACACCCGUAAUCAACAACAGCCCCAGAACCACCAGUGCUGGGACAGCGAACAAUUUGUGUGUUUGUGCAUGUGAGUGUGUAUGUGUGUGU